GUUUCGUUCUGGGUUUCAAAAAUUUACAUCAACGAUGGUGAUUGGCUACUGGACCUAUCCAUCAUGCACAUUCCAACACCCUCCCUAUUCACUCUCCACUAGUCAUUUCCUUCUAGGUUGAAAAUGCUAAAGUAGGCAGGAAGAGUCCUUUACGGCACCGGCUUUUUUUGGUUUGUGGUAUCACUUAUCAAUCGAACUGCCAAUUCAAACGGGAGGAAUUCGCCGGCUAUAGCCAAGAAAGGGCAGUGGACAUCUUCAAUACCAGUAGAAGGUAUCACUGAAGUGACUUUCGUGGCACAUUACAGCAAAAACUUGUUGAAAUUUACAGUAUAUUGACUAAGUUACAUUGUAACGCGGCUCAGCAUCCACCUCAUCACUUCUCAGCUGGCAGACGUAGCUAAAAUAGCUAACGUUAGCUAGCUAGCUAUUUUGCCGGUUGCUAGUACGCCAACCGAGUUAGCAGAUAAUUAAAGAAGUCAACCGUUAUGGGCCAAACCUGGAUAACGGUGGAAUGAGAUAGUUACAUUGCAAAGUUUACAUUUGACUGUUUAGUCUGCACUACUUUUAGCAGUCCUUCUGAGCAAUUUAGUUAGAACGCACGUGACGUGGUGGCUAAAAUAGACUUGUCCAUAUUUGGCAGCUUGCCAAGCUACCCCAAUUUACAUUUCAUUUAGAUAUAGUAAAAUAUCGGCUAUCGAUUGUAAUAGUUUGAUCAUAUUGGUUCCAUCCGUAUGAUGCAUAAGCAAGGGUCGUUCGUGUCCCCCUUGCUCAGCGGGGUCUUUUGUCAAUGCCAAGCAGAUGAGGCGCACCGGGGUUCUGACCCAGGUGGCGGGGUCGAGGAUACUGGGGGUCCAUCCUUCCCACCCCGGGCUCGGCCGUUGUCAGGGGUGAACACAGGUUCCUGUGAUGACUCCUGUGAACCAUCGUAUCUAUGCGAACUUUGUGGUGGACCCGAGCAGGACCACAGACUGAAAGUGCUGUUUCAAGUCCUGGACGUGAAUGGUGAUGGGGGCAUCUGCGUCAACGACCUGUCCAUUGGGCUCAAGAAACUGGGCGUUCAUCGCACAGAACUCGAGCUUAUGAAAAUAGUUAAAGCGGGAGAUAAGGACCUGGACGGCCAGUUGGACUUCGAGGAGUUUGUCCACUAUCUGAGAGACCACGAGAAGAAGCUCCGGCUGGUCUUCAAAAGCUUGGACACUAAGAACGAUGGUCGUAUUGACAAGCAGGAAAUCAUGCAGUCCCUUCGAGACCUGGGGGUUAACAUCUCCGAGCAGCAGGCAGAGAAGAUCCUCAAAAGCAUGGAUAAGAAUGGCACGAUGACCAUCGACUGGAACGAGUGGAGAGACUACCACCUACUGCACCCCGCCGAUAACAUUCCCGAGAUCAUCCUGUACUGGAAACACUCAACGAUAUUCGAUGUGGGGGAGAGUUUGAUGGUGCCAGAUGAGUUUACAGCCGAGGAAAAGAAGACUGGGAUGUGGUGGCGACACUUAGUGGCUGGAGGGGCAGCCGGCGCCGUGUCUCGAACCUGCACCGCACCCCUGGACCGGCUCAAAGUGCUCAUGCAGGUCCACGCCUCCCGUACCAACAGCAUGUGCAUUGCCGGCGGCUUCACCCACAUGAUACGCGAGGGCGGUAUGUGGUCACUAUGGCGAGGCAAUGGCAUGAACGUCAUCAAGAUCGCCCCUGAGUCAGCCAUCAAGUUCAUGGCUUACGAGCAGAUCAAACGUUUGAUAGGCAGCAACCAGGAGACACUGGGCAUCCUGGAGAGGUUUGUGGCGGGAUCUCUGGCUGGAGCCAUCGCCCAGAGCAGCAUCUACCCCAUGGAGGUGUUGAAGACCCGCCUAGCCCUGAGGAAGACGGGACAGUUCUCUGGCAUCGCUGACUGUGCCAAACAGAUCUUCCGGAAGGAGGGCAUGGCCGCCUUCUACAAGGGCUACAUUCCCAACUUGAUAGGCAUCAUCCCCUACGCUGGCAUCGACCUGGCUGUCUACGAGACUCUGAAGAAUUCAUGGCUGCAGCGCUAUGCCACAGACAGUGCUGACCCGGGGGUGUUCGUGCUGUUAGCCUGCGGUACCACCUCCAGCACCUGUGGACAGCUGGCCAGCUACCCUCUGGCCCUGGUCAGGACCCGAAUGCAGGCUCAAGCCACCAUCGAGGGCGGUCCCCAGAUGACCAUGUCGGGGCUGUUCAAACACAUUGUGAAGACUGAGGGUGCAUUCGGACUUUACCGAGGCCUGGCCCCAAACUUCAUGAAGGUCAUUCCAGCGGUCAGCAUCAGCUACGUGGUCUACGAGAACCUCAAGAUGAGUCUGGGGGUGGUGUCACGUUGAGGCCUGGGGGGAGAGGGAGGUAUCACCUCCCCUGAAGGCCAAAUUGUUCAUUUUUGCUUUGCCAAGCUUUGCCAAGUGACUCGGAAAAAAGGGAGGAAUCUCAGCAGACAGAGCUGGGGUUGUUGGAGACAAUCUCAUUCUGUAAAUGUUAUGAAGACAGAUGGGGAGAGAUAUUACAACACUAAGGACAAAAAAAACGAUGGAGAGAUGGGAACGGACACUAUGACUGGAAGGGAGGUGGGGAUGGAGAUCCUCUCACGUAGCUGUAACCUUAAAGUAUCAUUAUGUAAGGAGUUAUUUUGUUAUCAAUCCAGAGGCACAACACCAUGAGUCCACUGUUGGCUUUUUAUUAUCAAAUUGAAGACCCAGGUUAACUGAAAAGCAAACUCUUCACUGGAACUCCAGUAUUCUCCAACUAACGGAAAUGUAUUUACUGUUAUGUUCACUCAAUAGUACUAUCCUAUAGGUGGCAGUAUUAGUCAACCUAUCUGGCUUGUGAAAGACUACUUUUCUAAUUGUCAUCUAAAGUUGUCCUAUGUAAUAUGUAUCCGCCUUAAUGCAGCAUUCAUUAACAUGCAACUAUUAGGGCAUUAGCUGUUAUUUGUCUGGAGGGAGCAAAACCUCAACUCACAUUUUUGAUUAAUCUGGUUAAUUCCAUAUUUUUCCGUUUUCUCAUUGUAUAGCUUGAUGAGAAUGAUAAACAACUGAUUUGAACAGAAAGGGCGAUGCAGAUUGGAUGCCCAUAGUGUAUUAUUGUCCACUUAGUCUUAAAACCGCUGGUAAGAAGUGUGUAUGUCUUGAUGCUAAAACAUUUUUUGUAUUGUAACCAGAUAUUUAAAUAAAUAUGGUCCAAGACCGGCAACGCUCAAAGAAUAGAUACUGUUAGCAGAUGUUUAGUUACGAUACUAUAACAUUCAGAAACUGUUAAUAUAUUGUUUUCCAAGAUACAAUGCAACACAUAAUGAUACCUACUGAUCAAGGUUUGAGACGUUACGCUGUCAGUUCCUGUGUAACAUUUCAGACAGGAAGAUGGCGAUAUUGAGUCGUUUCAUUUUGAAAGACCAUUUUCCACCAUCAUGCUACAGUGGCUAAUUCUAGCCCCGGUCCACAGUAGCAUUUUGAAACUCUAGCGGUUUUUGAAUGCCCAUACUAACAUACUAUACCCUUAGUUAAUUUAUACGGGAAACAAACUGUAUCGUUUCAGUUGAGCGUACUAGAACAUCGCCUGUCUACCGGAAGUUGAUGCUGUUGCUAUGGAACCUUUUGCUAGCUUGUUAGCAUAACAAAUGACUAGCUAAACAUUUUACGAUUUCGGUAGAAUCGUAGAUGUAGAAUGAUGUAAAUAAUCAUGUCACUAAACGUUGGGUAGUUAGUUAGAUAGCUAAUAUGCUGUCUGGCAAGUUUGAUGUUUUAGUAACUAGUUAACAUACCUGUACAUACUGCUGUAAUGCUAUAUGGUUCGUUAUUAGAAAAGUCAUUACAUUGCUCAACAUUUGUCAAAAUUAGUUAAAGCAAUUCAUUUGUAUCUGCUCUCGUCGUACUUCGGUUACAUAUUUUAUGCCAUUUUCUUUAAAUCUGAAAAGUUGAAGCCACGCACAUUUUCUGAAUUGCAUUAUGGGCCCUAAAAGCAUCCACUGCAUGUAUACUUGGUAUUUUGGUGAACUUUUGGCAUAUUAUGACCAAUAAACAUACUAUAUACUCAAUUCAUGUCACAAAUAGUACAGUUAGUGCGGUUAGUAUCAGUAUUCGAACGCAGCUCAGGGGUGAAAAGACAGACUGCUGCAACCCGAUACACAACAACCAGCAUUAUUCACUGUAUCAUGGUGGUGGAAAAUGGUGUUUCAUAAAGAAAGCGCAGACAUUUUCCCUGUUUUUUUCGGUCUUCUCUCCAUUAAAUCGAGUUAAGGAAGGAAUCGACGCCUUUGCAGCCUGAAUGGAGAAUGUUUUCUGUACAAUCCAGUCCACGGGGAUAUGAGUAUAAAGCCGGAAUAGAUUGCAUAGAUUUUCUUUGGACGGUAAAAUGAAAUUACUCUAUCAACAUCUGACAGUCUUUCAGCUAGUAUUUCUUGAGUUUGGGACUUAUUUGUUUUGAGUUUAGUCGGUUGUCACUAUUUAGCUAAAUGCUUUUUCUAGUUGGUGCAGCUCCACAAAAAUAAGUACUAAUCUUUUGCACUUUUGCUUUAGAGCAAAUACCGGAGCCCGAAUCCAUAUAUUCUCUCCGCAAGAGGGUGGAAAAGGCUGUGUCUGUAUUAUUGUACCCCACCUAAGAAUACCACUCCAUACUGCCUGAAGUGUAGCGCCUUAUUUCCUGCAUUGACGAGCAGGAAAUCAGACUACCCUUUUGUAAACUUGAAAUUCAUUUUGUCCCCCUAUAUCGCUGAAGGUUUUAAUGUAUAGUGUAUCUAUACACUAUACAAAACAUUAAGAACACAUUCUUUUUCCAUGAUGUAGACUGGCCAGGUGAAUCCGGGUGAAAUGAUCCCUUAUUGAUGUCACUUGUUAAAUCCACAUCAGUCGUUGAAGAUGAAAGGGAGGAGACAUGUUAAAGAAGGAUUUUUAAGCCUUGAGACAAUUGAGUCAUGGAUUGUGUGACAUUCAGAGGGUAAAUUGGAAAGACAAAAGAUUUAAGUGCCUAUGAACGGGGUUUGUUAGCAGGUUUCAAGUGCACCAGUUUGUGUUUAGAACUCCCAACGCUGCUGGGAUUUUCAUGCUCAACAGUUUCCUGUGUGUAUAAAGAAUGGUCCACCACCCAAAGGACAUCCAGCCAACUCAAUAUUGGGAAGGUGUUCCUAAUGUUUGGUAUAUUCAGUAGUCUUUAGGUGGUCUCUUGAAUCAAAACAGCCCAUUCACUGUAUUGAAAUAUUUUGCAAAACCUAUCCAGAAUAAAUCCUGAUUUACAGUGAGCUACAAAAGUAUUUGGACAGUGAAUUUUUUUUGUUUGUUUUGGUUCUGUACUCCAGCACUUUGGAUUCCUAAUGAUACUAUGGGGUUAAAAUGCAGACACUGCGCUUUAAUUUGAGGGUAUCUUUGUCCAUAUUGGGUGACCGUUUAGAAAUUACAGCACUUGUACAUAAUCCCUCCAUUUUAGGGAGUCAAAGGUUUAGUACAGUAUAUGGUCCCAUAUUCCUGGCACACAAUGACUACAUCAAGCUUGUGAUUCUACAAACUUGUUGGAUGCAUUGGCUGUUUUUGUUGUGUUUCAGAUUAUUUUGUGCCCAAUAGAAAUGAAUGGUAAAUAAUGUGUUAGGUCAUUUUGGAGUUGCUUUUAUUGUAAAUAAGAAUAGAAUGUUCUAAACACCUCUACAUUAAUGCUACCAUGAUUACAGAUCAUCCUGAAUGAGUGAGAAAGUUACACAAACAUCAUACCCCCCCCCCCCCCCCCCAAAAAAAUACUAACCUCCCCUCAUUUUAAUGGUGAGGUGUUAACAUGUCUUAGGGGUAUGAUAUUUGUGUAACUUUCUCACUCAUCAUUAUUUACGAUACAUUCAGGACUAUCCAUAAUCAUGUAGAUAUAUUCUUAUUUACAAUAAGUGACUCAAGUCUCAAUACAUUAUUUACCGAAGUGCUGGAGUACAGAGCCAAAACAACAAAACAAUUUGUCACUGUCCCGAUACUUUGAGCUCACUGCAUUUAGAAAAUUCUUGAAUGUAUUGAAAACUAUGUAAAUGAACCAUUGUUGUCCUUUGUAGAAGAAUGCAUCUAUUGAAUGAAUGUAAAGCUAAAUGUAUUUAUGCUUAUAUGGGAACAACUGUUAGUAAAGUAACUCAAUAUUA